CAUGCUUAAUAAAAUUAUUUGGCAAGUAUUCUGAAUUUUGUUGGCGUCGCUUUCAAGCAUUAAUGUGACCCUCACGGUUGUUUAAGUUAGUUUGCACAAGAAAAGGUCAAAUAAUAGAAGGAAGAAAAUUUAGUGUUACUUUCGCUCGUGCUUGAAUCGUUUAUGGACUUGUUGAUUUUCAAAUCAAGGAGUAGAGUUUUUAUUCGAUACGGUUUCGAUUCGACCGAUGGUUUUGUGUGCCUACAUUUUAGUUUAGUUACUCUUCUUUGUGUGUGAAAGUGGUACGGUUUAAUAGGUGGUUUAUUUUUGCAACAUUUUGUUGUUGGGGAAAUAUUUUAUGGUCGUUUUAAAUGAAGAAAAAAGUGUUUCAGUCGAUGAUUUCAUUGCCCGGCGCGGUGUAGAGAAUUCAAUCAAUGUCAGCCUUGAAGUGUUUUUUUUUGUAUGCGAAGGGCUAGUCUAGAAUCGCUGAGUGGAAUAAAAAAAAUGCAAACAAAAGGUGGAAACCAGUUUGUACCGAACUGAUGUGUCUGUCUUUACAGAUGUGUGUCACGAGUUAAUGUUCAUCGAAUCAUUAACAUUAUACUAACGUCAGCUGGGUGGAAAUUGUUCUCAGCUGUGGCUGUUGUUGAUUUUUGUUUUAAUGAAAUGUCACUGCACGAAGUUGGAGCGUCAAACGGGGCGCUUAGCGUCGACGACAACGGCACAUCCAGUACGGUCCGCAUGGAAGAUGUUGAUCAUACGAUCGACACCAGCCUGGCAUGUUACUCACUAGCCGAUGAGUAUGACGAGAAUUUGGGAUUUUCCGACUCGAUCACCAUCGUAUCGAUGGGUGCCGAAGGUCCAGUGCUGGUGCAACGCAAAGAAGGCGACCAUGAAAGCAUCGUACCGGAUUCGGAAAUUCCCUACUCGUAUGUUCACAACGCACCGACAAAGUUCACCUCGAUGCAUAGGACCAUUUUCAUUCCUGGCCUGGAGAUCAACGUGGAGAUUGUCGACUACGAGCGUAGCUUGACGGCACACAUUUUAAAUCCGAAUUUAUACACAAUCAAAUUCACCCAUGGCCAGUUCACUUGGACGAUAAAGAAGCGGUACAACCAUUUCCGAAAUUUGCACCAACAGUUGACCACCUUUCGAGCUUCAUUGAAUAUUCCAUUUCCCACCAAAAGCCACAAGGAGCGGCGAACAAGUUUCAGAAAUAUGCACCAUGUGCAUCAGUGCACGGCAUCGCCUACAAUGCAGAGGAAACUGGAGAAACCGAACAAGAAGCGGAAGAAAGGUGCCUUGCCAAGGUUUCCUCUGAAACCAGACUCUCUAGUAUCGUUCGAUGCCAUCCCGGAACGGAAGCGACAGCUUGAGGAGUACCUUUACAAUUUGCUCAAUAUUUCGCUGUACCGGAAUCAACAGGACACGAUCAACUUCCUGGAAGUAUCGCACAUCUCCUUCGUCGCAGCUCUCGGCGAAAAGGGCAAGGAAGGCCUGGUGAAGAAACGCACCGGUUCAACCCGAGCCGGUCAAGCAGGUUUCAACUGCUGUGGCUGUCUGACGGGAGGUUGCUGCGUCCGGUGCAGCUACUUCUGUUCCGAUGUCGUGUGGAGCAAAUGGCGAAAUAGAUGGUUCUUCGUGAAGGAAACCUGCUUCGGUUACUUUCGACCGAAGGAUGGGGUUCUACGGUGUGUGGUGCUGUUCGACCAAGGGUUUGACAUUUCCUCCGGAAUGUACAGUACGGGCAUGCGAAAUGGGCUGCAGAUUGUGACCAAUACGCGGUACUUGGUUGUCAAGCACCCGACCAGACGAACGGCAAAGGAAUGGAUGACUCACAUGAAGAAGGUGGCGAAUGAUUCGGCGAGGGAUUUCACGAUGCCGAAUCCGCACCAAUCGUUUGCACCGAUUCGACCGGGAAUGCAGGCGAGCUGGUUCGUAGACGGGGCUAGCUACAUGAGUGCCGUGGCAGAUGCGCUGGAAGGUGCAACGGAGGAGAUAUUCAUUACGGAUUGGAUGUUGAGUCCGGAGAUUCACAUGAAGCGGCCGGCCAUCGACGGGGAUUACUGGAGGUUGGAUAAGAUUCUGAAGAGGAAGGCGGAACAAGGAAUCAAAACCUUUGUGCUGCUGUUCAAAGAGCUUGAUUUUGCUCUCGGUAUCAACAGCUACUACAGUAAGCAGAAAUUGGUGGAACAGCACGAGAACAUCAAAGUUCUGCGUCACCCGGAUCAUGCUCGGGCUGGUAUACUCUUCUGGGCGCAUCAUGAGAAGUUGGUGGUGGUAGAUCAGACGUACGCUUUCGUUGGUGGAAUUGACCUUUGCUAUGGUCGCUGGGACGACUACAAGCAUCGGUUGAUUGACCUUGGUAGUAUUUCGAGCAGCAGCUGUAGCUCGGUUAACAAUACGACGAUUCGGAAACCUUCGACGGUUGUCGAACUGGAUGAAGGGGGAACGGUGGCCAGUUUGUUGAGAGCUACCAGGAAUAUAGCCCAAAUCACGGCUUUGGAUCAAGUGGAUAAGAAUCUUCCGAAGUUGGAACCUGGGGAUAAGCUUCUGGUGGCGGCGGCACAAAAGCUCGCGUCUUCGGCGAAGAAUGAAACUGAUGAUCUGCCGGAGAACAUCAAGAAGGAUACGCCGGAAAUGGAGCGGAAGAACAUUAUGGGAAAAAUAAAGGAUAUAGGAAGAGAUCUGAAAAAUAAGAUUACCUUGAAUGAGCAUGACACGAAUCUAGGAGCGAAGAGCAGUCCCGGUAGCCCAGGUUAUCUAUCCGAUGAUGACAAGAAACAAAACAGUUUGGAAAAGGAGCCAAACAAGGAUGUGUCUUCUGUUGGUAUAAUGAGUCCACCUCCAUUCAAAAGCAAAGUUCUAUUUGAACUAGAUGGACAAGCCAAGUUCUGGAUAGGGAAGGACUACAUCAAUUUCAUUGUGAAAGAUUUCACCAAUCUGGACAUGCCAUACGUAGAUCUCGUGGAUCGAUCAACAACCGUUCGAAUGCCUUGGCAUGACGUUGCAACCGUGGUCUACGGCCAGGCAGCUCGGGAUGUUGCUCGGCACUUCAUUGAACGCUGGAACGCCAUCAAACUGGAAAAGUGUCGGGAGAACCUCCAGUAUCCAUAUAUCUUGCCGAAAAGCUAUAAUGAUAUCCGGAUAGAUGAUCAAUUUCUGAACAUCCCGCUGCAGCACGUGACUUGCCAGGUGCUGAGAAGUGCAUCCAGCUGGAACUGUGGCUUUAUCGAGUCGGACCACGUAGAGCAGAGUAUCCACGAAGCCUACGUUCAAACCAUUUCUAAGGCACAGCACUACAUAUAUAUUGAGAAUCAGUUCUUCAUAAGCUUGGAGAUGGGUAAUCCUACGGUGAAGAACCAGAUUGCGGAGUAUCUGUUCAAGAGAAUAAUGAGAGCUCACCGGGAAAAGAAGGCAUUCCGGGUGUAUGUCGUGAUGCCGUUGCUUCCGGCAUUCGAAGGGGAAGUUGGAGGUGCUACCGGAAUUUCUCUGAGAGCCAUUACCCAUUGGAACUAUGCUUCCAUCUGUCGGGGUAAAAACUCUUUGCUUUCGCGAUUAUACGCUUCCGGAAUCAAGAAUCCCUUUGAGUACAUCUCGUUUCACAGCUUACGGACGCACUCUCUUUUGAAUGGUGUUCCAGUGACGGAAUUGAUCUACGUUCAUUCCAAGCUGUUGAUUGCAGAUGAUAAAGUGAUAAUUUGUGGUUCAGCAAACAUCAACGAUCGGUCGCUUCUGGGGAAGCGCGAUUCAGAAGUCUGCGUAAUGAUCACGGACGAAAGCUUCGAGGAAGGCCGUAUGAAUGGUGAAUCUUACCCGUGCGGAAUCUUUGCUGGUAAACUGCGCCGGUACCUGUUCAAGGAACACUUAGGCCUUUUGGAACCCAACUCCAACCGAGCCCCAGUGGACAUAACAGACCCAGUGAUCGACUCGUUUUGGAACGGAACGUGGCGAUGGACGUCGAGGAAGAAUACCCGUCUCUUCGAUGAAAUCUUCCGCUGUAUUCCCUCCGACAAUGUGCAAUCGUUUGUUAUGUUGAAAAAGUUUUUGGAAGAGAAGAGUCUAGCUCAAACCGAUCCGGAGGGUACCCACAAAGCGCUGCAGCGAAUCGAAGGGAAUUUGGUGGAUUUGCCGUUGAAAUUUUUGUGUAACGAGAUUCUGACGCCUCCGGGUACUAGCAAGGAAGGCAUUAUGCCGACCUACAUGUGGACGUGAACAUAGUUCAAGAGAGUGUGAAAGUUGUACUUUAUUUUAGGUUGUAAAGUGUUGACCAAUGAUAAUAUUUAUUGUUGAA